AUGGAGUUCUUUGAUCUCAGGAAGGUAUUGGAUUUGAAACUACUGCGAUUUGAGGUGGGCAGUCAAAAUGUCGGUCCAUAUAUCCUGAUAACUCCAAAUGAAACGAGAAGAAACCAGUUGCAGCAAAUUGCUAAGAAGGAGUUAGAUGACCUGGAGAGGUGGAAGAGAAACCACAGCCCAGGACCAAUUAAGUUGACUCCACAGAGACUAGGUGGAAAGGAAUCAGAGGCUCAAGCAAGGCAAAAACAACAGAUGAUGCUCAUACAAUCUAAAUACCAACAAAAGUACAAGAGAGAAGAACAUAUAAGAACAAAAAAGGCAGCUGAAGAAGCUGAAAUCUCAAGAAAGAAAGCAAUUCAAAGAGAAAAGGCAGAGAGGCUCGAAGCUAAGAAAAGGCAAGGCGAAGUGCAGAGAAGAGAGAUGUACUCUGAAGAUCAAUAUUACAAAACCAAUGAAUUAUUGAACAGAUUGGCCUUGGGUUUGCCAAAGAGUGAUUCCUGUCACAUUGCGAAUCGUGGCCUAGAGCCUGCAGCAUGGACUGGAAGCCAUACUUACAAGCAAGCUCUUCGAGAGGAUGAAAACAGAAGAUUAAAGGAAAUGAAGCAAGAACAACGGAGAAAGGCUGAAUUAUUGGAAAUUAAACAAAAGCAGGAGGAAGAAGUUCGAACAAGAGCACACCAAAAUGAACAGAGGAGGGUAAAUAAUGCUUUUCUGGACCGACUACAGAACAAAACGCAAGCUAGUAGCAUCUGGCAACCUGAAUAUCCUAGGAGUCAGGACUACUACAGUAACAACUGA